AUGUUUCAUCAAUGGUCCACAACAGACACACUCAAAGCAUCUUUCUAUCCUAACCAGUGCUUCGCAGUUAAAAUUCGAGUGUUUGAUGAGCCAGAAGUAUAUGCCACCAAUGAAUUUGGAGUUGUGGAUUAUGAGGUCCGCCACAUGAUUGACUACAACUAUCUUGCUUCUAUUGACCAUGUGGAUGCCAGAGAUUAUCUUGAACAUUUGAUAGCUCCAACACCUCCCUGCAAUUCUGUGUGGGGGACAAAUACAGAAGGAGAAGAGAGAGUGAUUGGAAUGCUGGACCAACGACUGCAUGUAACACUCUACACAGGCAUCGACAAGGGCUGGGUUCAACUCAAGCUCCAAAAUGUCUUAGUUGUGCAAUCUCUACCAGUACCCAUGCAUGUAUCCUUCAAUGCCCUCGAAUUGUUCUACACAGGACAAAUAGAGAGUUCCACAAGGUUGCGGGCAGACCUUUUCCCCAGUCAGUUUCGAGCCCAUCCCUAUUGGGGAAGGAAAGAAAAGGAACAUUUCAUUGGCACAUUCGAUCCUGAAUUAACCCAGAGCAUCCAAGACAAUGCCACUGGGAGACCCAACAAAGUUCGAAAGGGUGGAGCAUGUGCUUGUUGUGGUUUCUCCUUCUGUAGCCUGGUUUGUGCCAGUUGUGAGAAAGAAAACUACUGUUCUCGAGAGUGCCAGAAAGCCAGAUGGAAGAUGCACAAGAAGAUCUGUGGCAAUGGCCUUUCAGCCCCGACUUCGUGGAUAAUUCACACCAAACCACUCUCUUGA